AAAUGAACAUGUCUCGAUCGAUCUUCAAAUUCCACCGGCUUUUUACGGGUUCAUCAUUGGUAGAAAAGGAUCAAAAAUAAAUCAUUUAAAACAAGAAACUAAAACAAUUAUAACUGUUUUAUCGGAUAAAGAACUUGUUAACAUUAGGGGUUAUGAGCGUAAUGUUAAUAUGGCUAAAAUUAAGAUUUAUAAUAUCAUUGAAAAUACAAAAUUUUUGUUACCACCGACACAUUUCAUUUCUUUACCUCUUAGCGAUUCUAAUACUCAACGAAAAGUAAAAGAUUUUCAAAAUGAGGUUCUUCAACUAAAACUUGCAAACAUAGAUAAAUCUAUACUUAUAAAGCCUCCAUCAUUACAUCUUACAAUUGGAAUGUUAAAUUUGUAUCUUAAAGAAGAUAUUAAAGAAGCAGUGGAUUUACUUAAAAAAUUAUCACAAGAAAUCAAUGAUUUAAUAGGAAAACGAACUAUAGUUUCUAACCUAACUGGUAUAGAGAUAAUGGAUGAUAAUAAGGGUAUGUUGAAACAA